UCCUGUGGAGCAGCCGCUGUCCCGUCCCGAAGCAAACGACGCUCCUCGCCGCACUCUUUGGCCGUCUACGGACCUAGAGUGUUCGUUCUGUUCACGAAACCCGUGUGGUCAGCGUGUAUCUCUGCGAUUUAAUCGACGUGUCGUCGGUGAGAAUCAGUGCGAUCAAGGAAGACAGGAUCAAAAUGUGGCGUGAUCCACCAGGAGGGGGGUGUAAUAUACCCGCCUAUCUAACGACGAUGCUUCUAUUGGCUCUUCUGGCAUUGACGAACGUGGCUUGCGCUGAGGAUGAAUCUAUGGGACCAGUAUUCGUCAAGGAACCACCAAACCGAGUUGACUUCUCUAAUGGAACCGGAGCUGUUGUCGAAUGCCAGGCCAGAGGAAACCCCCAACCGGAUAUCAUCUGGGUUCGUGCUGACGGAAGUGCUGUUGGAGACGUUCCUGGACUCAGACAGGUCUUACCGAACGGAAACUUGGUCUUCCCUCCUUUCCGCGCCGAGGAUUAUCGUCAAGAAGUUCAUGCUCAGGUCUACAGCUGUUUGGCGCGUUCCCCAGCAGGUUCAGUUCACAGCCGAGAUGUUAACGUGAGAGCCGUGGUCCAGCAAUUCUACGAGACGAGGGUCAUCGACGAGUUCGUCUUGCGCGGCAACACGGCAACCUUGAAGUGUCUCGUACCCAGCUUUGUGGCAGAUUUCGUAGACGUGAUCGAGUGGUUGGCUGUCGAGGAUGGAUCCACGUACUCCGCGAACAGCCAAGAAGAAAAGGAUGGAAAAUACCUGGUACUGCCUUCUGGAGAACUUCACAUUCGCGAUGUCGGACCCGAAGACGGAUACAAGACCUAUCAAUGCCGCACCAAGCAUAGACUCACCGGAGAAACAAGAUUGUCUGCCACCAAGGGACGUCUCGUCAUUACCGAGCCGACAGGUAACGUCGCGCCGCGUAUAGCCGGUGAACGUUACGAGGGUGGCAAGCUCGUCGACGUUCCAAGGACAUUGGUGGUGGCUCUGGACUGCUCGACUCAGGGAUUUCCUGUCCCAGUGACAAGAUGGUACAAGUUCAUCGAAGGCUCCUCUCGUCGUCAACCUGUCCAACUCAAUGAGCGCGUUCGUCAAGUUAGCGGAACACUGAUCAUUCGCGAGGCUCGCGUCGAAGAUUCUGGCAAAUAUCUGUGCAUCGUGAACAACUCCGUCGGCGGUGAAAGCGUGGAGACCGUGUUGACUGUAACAGCACCACUGGCAGCGGAAAUCGAACCUAACACACAGACUAUCGACUUUGGAAGACCAGCUACUUUCACGUGCAACGUCAGAGGAAAUCCGAUCAAGACCAUCUCCUGGCUGAAGGAUGGCAAACCCCUUGGACUGGAAGAACCCGUGCUCAGAAUCGACAGCGUCAAGAAGGAAGAUAAGGGAAUGUACCAGUGUUUUGUUAGAAACGAUCAAGAAAGCGCCCAGGCAACCGCUGAACUGAAACUUGGUGGACGAUUCGAACCCCCGCAGAUUCGCCAGGCCUUCGCCGAGGAGACUCUUCAACCUGGACCCAGCAUGUUCCUCAAGUGUGUCGCCAGCGGAAACCCAACUCCUGAGAUCACCUGGGAACUCGAUGGCAAACGGCUAUCCAACACUGAAAGGCUUCAAGUAGGGCAAUACGUUACGGUGAACGGCGACGUGGUUUCUCAUUUGAACAUCUCCAGCAUUCAUACAAACGACGGUGGGCUCUACAAAUGCAUUGCCGCUUCAAAGGUUGGAUCCGCUGAACAUUCUGCGCGUCUCAAUGUCUAUGGUCUGCCCUUCAUUCGUCACAUGGACAAAAAGGCUAUCGUUGCUGGUGAAACUCUUCGCGUGACCUGUCCAGUAGCCGGAUAUCCGAUCGAAAGCAUCGUAUGGGAGAGAGACACCAGAGUUUUGCCGAUCAACAGGAAACAGAAGGUCUUCCCUAAUGGCACGCUUAUCAUUGAGAACGUCGAGAGAAUGAGCGAUCAGGCUACUUACACCUGUGUUGCACGCAACGCUCAAGGCUACAGCGCAAGGGGAACAUUGGAAGUUCAAGUUAUGGUAGGACCGCAGUUAGCGCCGUUCACGUUCGGUGACGAGGCUGCCAACGCGGGAGAUAUGGCCACCGUUCAGUGCGCCGUGAUCAAAGGCGAUUUGCCGGUGAAGAUCGUGUGGUCACUGAACGGUAGGUCUAUCGAUGUCGGACGCGUGUCCGGUGACCACAGUUACGACAUUCCUGACAUCGUCGUGACCAGAAGUAGUAAACGGAUCAGCACCCUGACGAUAGACUCGGUAGCCGCAAGACAUGCGGGCGACUACUCGUGCACCGCGAUCAACGCAGCCGGAUCCGCUACGCACACGUCGGUUCUGUCAGUGAACGUACCUCCUCGCUGGAUUCUGGAACCCACCGAUAAGGCAUUUGCUCAAGGCUCUGAUGCACGUGUUGAAUGUAAAGCUGAUGGUUUCCCCAAGCCCCAGGUCACAUGGAAGAAAGCUGCUGGAGAUACACCGGGCGAUUAUACCGAUUUGAAACUGAGCAACCCAGAUAUCAGCGUUGAGGAUGGAACUCUGUCAAUCAAUAAUAUUCAGAAGACGAACGAGGGCUACUAUCUGUGCGAGGCUGUAAAUGGAAUUGGCGCAGGACUUUCGGCUGUUAUCUUCAUCUCGGUUCAGGCUCCACCCCACUUUGAGAUCAAACUGAAGAACCAGACCGCACGACGUGGAGAACCUGCUGUACUGCAAUGCGAGGCUCAAGGCGAAAAACCAAUUGGUAUUUUAUGGAACAUGAACAACAAGAGACUGGACCCGAAGAGCGAUUCUCGUUACACCAUCCGCGAAGAGAUUUUGGCUAACGGCGUACUGUCUGACCUGAGCAUCAAGAGAACUGAGAGAAGCGACUCUGCCCUUUUCACCUGCGUUGCCACCAAUGCCUUUGGAAGCGAUGACACCAGCAUCAACAUGAUUGUACAAGAGGUUCCUGAAGUACCAUACGGCCUGAAGGUAUUAGACAAAUCCGGACGAUCGGUUCAAUUAUCCUGGGCAGCACCAUACGACGGAAACAGCCCCAUUAAACGCUACGUCAUUGAAUACAAAAUCAGCAAAGGCUCUUGGGAAACUGACAUUGACAGAGUACUGGUACCCGGAUCGCAACAGAACGUAGCUGGCGUUUUCAACCUGAGACCUGCCACCACAUAUCACCUGAGAAUUGUUGCUGAGAAUGAAAUUGGUGCGUCUGACCCGUCUGAUACCGUUACAAUUAUCACUGCCGAAGAAGCUCCUAGCGGCCCACCAACCUCUGUUCGCGUUGACGCUCUUGACCAGCACACUCUUAAGGUAACAUGGAAACCACCCCCACGCGAAGACUGGAACGGUGAGAUUCUUGGAUACUACGUUGGCUACAAACUCUCUUCCUCCUCUGACUACAUUUACGAAACCGUUGACUUCUCGAAGGAAGAUGGAAAGGAACACCACUUGCAAAUCAUGAAUCUGAAGACCUACACUCAAUACAGCGUUGUUGUUCAAGCGUUUAACAAAGUUGGAUCGGGACCAAUGAGCGAGGAACGAAGACAACACACCGCCGAAGGAGUACCUGAACAACCCCCUCAUGACACUACUUGCACCACCUUGACUUCCCAGACUAUCAGAGUUUCCUGGAUGUCACCGCCUCUUAGCGCCGCCAAUGGAGUUAUCACCGGAUACAAGGUUAUUUACGGACCAUCUGACACCUGGUACGAUGAGAACACCAAGGACACCAAGAUCACCUCCUCCAGCGAGACCAUCUUACACGGACUGAAGAAAUACACCAAUUACACUAUGCAGGUUCUGGCUUUUACUUCUGGCGGCGAUGGAGUUAAAUCUGCACCUAUUCACUGCCAAACGGAACAAGACGCCCCUGAAGCACCUAUCGCGGUCAAGGCUCUGGUUAUGUCAGCUGAAUCGAUUCUUGUCUCGUGGCGCCCACCAAGCCAACCGAAUGGAGUUAUCACCCAGUAUAUCGUUUACACCAAGGCAGACAACGCAGAGGAACCAACUAGCCAGAAAGUACCACCGAAUCAACUGACUCACGAGGCAUCUGGAUUGGACAAACAACGCAGAUAUGACUUCUGGGUAACUGCUAGUACCAACAUUGGCGAAGGAGAGGCUUCAAAGAUCGUGGCAUUGGCACCAAGCGUUCGAGUACCGGCAAAGAUCGCAUCGUUUGACGACAAAUUCACUGCUACCUAUAAGGAAGAUGUUAAAUUACCCUGCCUGGCUGUCGGAGUACCUGCACCGGAAGUUACAUGGAAAGUACGUGGCGCCGUUCUUCAAUCUAGCGACAGACUGCGACAACUGCCCGAGGGAUCUCUGUUCAUCAAGGAAGUCGAUCGUACCGAUGCUGGAGAAUACUCUUGCUAUGUUGAGAACUCGUUUGGCCAUGAUACCGUUACUCACCAACUGAUCGUUCACGCUCCCCCACACUCACCGCAAGUUACUCUUACUGCUACGACCACCAACUCGUUGACGAUGAAACUGAGACCUCACCCUGCCGAUAAUGCUCCGAUCCAUGGAUACACGAUUCACUACAAACCGGAAUUCGGCGACUGGGAAACUGCACAAAUUAGCUCUACUGCUCAGAAAUAUACUCUCGAAAAUCUGUGGUGUGGCUCAAGAUACCAGAUUUACGUUACUGCAUAUAACGGAAUUGGAACCGGCGAUCCUUCCGACAUGCUCAACACACGUACCAAGGGCUCGAAACCGAUCAUUCCCGAAGCGGCCAGAUUCAUCGAAGUUUCCACGAAUAGCAUCACCCUGCAUCUCAGCGCCUGGUCCGACGGUGGCUGCCCAAUGCUCUACUUCGUCGUCGAACACAAGAAGAAGCACCAACAGGAAUGGAAUCAAGUCUCGAACAAUGUGAAACCCGGUGGAAACUUUGUUGUUUUGGAUUUGGACCCUGCUAGCUGGUAUCACUUGCGCGUUACUGCUCACAAUAAUGCUGGUUUCGCUGUAGCCGAGUAUGAAUUCGCGACACUGACCGUAACCGGAGGUACGAUCGCACCCCCCGUACGCAAUAAUGGUAACGACAACACGGAUGUCAGGCGUUAUUUCCCCUGGUUACCUAGCUGGUUCAACGUGAACGUUGUGGUGCCGGUGGGAGCUACGAUUGUUGUGAUUAUUGUAGGCAUAGUUGUGAUUUGCGUCGCGCUGUCUAGGAGAACUCGAGGUCCGGAACAAACACGGCUGCGAGGUAUCUCAUCAGCCGACGAGAAAUAUUACGAAGGACAAUACGAUGUGGUAUAUCAGCAAACUGGAGUUGGCGGAGCUACCCUUGACAAACGCAGGCCCGAUCUUCGCGACGAACUUGGAUACAUCGCCCCACCGAAUCGCAAACUGCCCCCUGUUCCUGGCUCAAAUUAUAACACCUGCGAUCGCAUCAAGCGAGGUACAGUGAUAAGUGGAACAGGCUCGAUAAGAAGCCACUCGACGUGGGAUCCCAGACGACAUAUGUACGAAGAAUUGAAUCAUUGCGCACCGAAUCGAAGAUGUCCACCGCCACCCCGUAUGGGCAGUGCCGAAGCUCUCUCCCACAGAGGCAUGGAGGAUGAGAUCUGCCCGUACGCUACCUUCCACCUUCUUGGAUUCCGCGAAGAAAUGGACCCCAGCAAGGCUAUGCAAUUCCAGACCUUCCCUCACCCUGGCAAUGGACACUCUGGUACCAUGGGACCACCUGUUGGACAUCCUACUAACGCUUCUGCUCACAGCCGCUCUGGAUCUCAGUCUAUGCCACGUCAAAAUGGUCGUUACUCUCGAGUUCCAUCCCAAGGAGGUGGCAGCGGAACCCAUAACGUCUUCUCUCCUGAAUACGAUGACCCGGCAAACUGCGCUCCUGAAGAAGAUCAAUAUGGCUCUCAAUACGGACAAUACGGCGCUCCCUAUGAUCAUUAUGGAUCUCGUGGCUCUGUUGGACGUCGCAGUGUAGGAUCGGCCCGCAAUAUUCCCGUUUCUGGAUCACCCGAACCACCCCCACCACCACCAAGGAACCACGACCAGAACAACUCCAGCUUCAACGACAGCAAAGAGAGCAACGAGAUCAGCGAAGCAGAGUGUGAUCGCGACCAACUUGUGAACCGCAACUACGGCGUGAAUGCUCGCGGCAAGGACGGCAUGACCACCGAGGAGAUGCGUAAACUCAUAGAGAGAAACGAAGCCCCCAGCCGGCAAACCAGCGCCGGCCACGGCGGUCACGGGGGACUCCUCACACCCUACGAUACUGUGGCAGUGUAACCUGUAAAUCAUCUUCCGUGGUCUUCCGUCUCUCUCAUCACCAGCGACCGAAGAUUCGAGAGAAACGGAAAGAGCGCGUACGCUAACUCUUCCCCCGGUGCUGUCGUCGGUCCAAAUUGCAACGAUAUAUCAGAAAAAUUACCAUCGUCGCGAGUAAAUAGAUUCGGUCCAUCGCAUUAGGCGGUACACUCGUUGAGACGUUUCGUUUAAACAAUCAACCCUGAGGUUGAUUUACCAGCGACGACGAUAUUUGUCUCCUGAAGGGACCGUUUUCUUCGUCUUCGACCAUAUCAUUUUAUCCCCUUUUUGGCCUUUCUCUAUUUCGAUCUCGCGUUUUUUCGUAUAAGCGCACUCAUUCUUGCUCAAUUGUCGACAAGGCCAUAUUACAAAACUGCCAAAUUGAUUAACUGCCGAUUCAGGCGAAGAGGUAAUUUUUAUUCGAGGGGCAACAUACCGCGUCGUUUUGUGUAACUUAACGAACCAUCGAACUCAUCGAUUCGUCCUAAACGAGUGUCUUGUUAGAAAACGAACACACCCGGCAUGUUCGUGGACGUUGAAAAAAUGCGACUAGAAUCCGGCCCGCGACGCGUGCUCUCGGCGACGGUGCGUUUCACGGGGGUUUUGGCGGUAUAUCCUAGGUUACAAUUGUCGCUUCCAAGCGCCACGAGUCACGGGAAGUACACACGAGAUACAUUAGUUACUCGCUUUUUAAGUCAUGGUUGUGCCACACUGCCGCUCCCUACAGGCAUAUGAUAUUAUACAUACAUAUAUAUAUAUAUAUAUAUAUAUGAUGAUGAUAUUAUACAUAUAUAUACAAUUUAUAAUUUCGUAACGAAGGUUGUGUCCCCCUUUUUGGUGAUUGACGAUCUUGAGUCUCGACGUCGCGGAGAGCAAGUCUAGAAAGCACUGUAUUGCGACAGUGUCGCAGAGAGUGCGUCGUCGUUGUCGUCGUUGUAGCAAGUAGUCAAGCAACAGGUCGCAUCGAUGCCGUGGUGGCGUCUAAUCGAUACUUCUUCCGCCGCGUGUGUCGAACCAACAAAUUUUCAUAAAAUUCCUUUUUCACCGAUCGACUUAUCCGUAGGAAGAACGCGGCACGCUAAAUCGUAGAUCACGAUUCGAAACACGAAAUCGUCAGCUGACCACAUUAUAAAACAUCACAUGCCAUACUUUAAAAGGAGAGAAGAUAACGCGUAAGCACACACCACGUUCGUUGUCGAUUUUUAAUCGUCCUAUAUAAUAUUUAGUCCGCUAUACACACACAUAUAUUCGCAAGCUAAUCUCGAUCAAUUAUGAACCUACGUGAAUUUAAUUAUAAAAGCGACGAUGAUAUUAUACGUGUAAGCAAUUCGAGCAACAAGUACCGAUUUAAACGUAAGUAGGACAUAAGUCGGACGGAUGGUCGCGAGGUGCGCCGUUCUCUUUCGUUCAAUGGUGACACGUCGAGUAAUAGAUGAGUAAAUAGAAAAAUCAGGCCAUAGAAAUGCGAUUAGAUAGAGCGCUAUUGGAAAUCGAAAAAAGUAAAUAGAUAAGAAAAAUCGAAACACCGUUCGUUCGAAUAUUCAAUCCUGUAUAUCGAUGUGGCGCCAGGAUACAAUUACGACGCGUAUCUCAUAGUUCGUUUUUAUCACAACACUAUUUAGAUAUAUAAAAAUAUAUAAAUAUAUAAAUAUAAAUAUAUAUGUAUACAUUGACGUUCAUAUAUAUACGUUGUAAGUAGGUAUGUCUAGAUAUUGCAUUUAUUUGCCGAGGCGAUGCACGAGUGGUACACCAGUUGAACUUGGAUCACGGUCGAAGGAUGUCUCGUCGUUGACGACGAGCUGUUGCCGGGAUACUUUGUCCGUGAAUCUGUGACUUUGAAUGUGUGGCUGCAACUCUGCUCGCCGACGCACUUUUACUCAUCGAUGUGAUUUUAAAGGUUGCGCAAAGUCUCGUGUCUCGUGUAUGUGUUACGAUCGCGCUCUACCACAUUAAUGUAGCCAUGUGCAAGUCACCUUUUACGAUGUAUAUCACGUUUUACUCACAUAACGCUCGCGGAACUUUUCGCUUUGAUGCUUUGGAACUUAACGCGAUGAAAGAGAAAUCGAAAGACAUUUAACAUAUUCGAUAUUAGCCGUACGAUUGAAGACGUGACCGUCGAUAUUAAGUAACAAAAGCUGAAAAAAAUAAAAGAAAAAAAAACGUGAUGUUCGCGGAUUGUCGCAUAGCUUUCUUCUAUUAAUCGAUUGGAAAUACUACUCGUUUAAUCGUUAUCGUUUGUGUGAUCGAUCUGGUAUCGUUUUUUUUUCGCAAAGUUUAACGUUACUUUUGAUGAUGCUGUGAAACGGUCGGUGCCGCCGUCCGCGUUAUACCUAUAUAUUAUGCUUUGUUCAUUGGUAAUUUUGGAUAUUCGUUUUCGUGCAGCAACGAGGCGGUUCUUCGAGCUUCUCCUUCGGCGGAGCGCGUAUCGUUUUCUUUUUCCGUUGCAAGCAGACUCGGGACAUUUCGUAAUUAGUACCCUGUGUUGCGCUCAGUGCUCGCCUUUAAAUUGGCUGUAAGUUCGCAUUCUCGUACAACGAUACUCGUAUUUCUCCGCGUUCGUAGGGACUCGAGGAUCCGCUCGUAGUACACCGUUUCCUCAGUACCAAUAUUUUAUGUUUUUGUACCAAAGUCGUAGCGUCUAACUUUACGUUAAAUAAAUAAAACCAAAAAAAAAAGGAAACAA